AUGGAUGUGCUGUUGGAAAUGGAGUCAAAUAAGGAUUUGGAAAGGACCAAAAAAAAGAGAAAGGGCAGGCCUGUUAGAAAGGUGGAGAUGAUGGGUGUGGUUGCUAGUAGGGAAAGAAAAGAUAAGUUUCUUAAAUUUCAGGUAGAUGAUGGCACUGUUUGUGUUCUAUGCAUUCUCUGGCUCAACCAUCUUACCGCCAGAUAUUAUUCAAGGGUUCAGAAGCCUCAGUUGCAAUGUAUUGCCGUAAUGACUCUCGAACAAGCCGAGGAGGUGCAGUUGAGUAGAUUGGUGAAGUUGCAGGGUAGGGUUACUUCUUACAAUAGGCAAUUGCAGGUAUGUUACUUUUAUGGGUUUUUAAAGCUCAAUGGCUAUUUUUCCUUGUUUUUGAAAUUAGAUAGGUUAAUUAAGUGCCAACUUUUGAUGUUACCUAACCUAAAUUGGUUUGCAAUAUCGAUUCAAGUUCGUAGACAAAAUAUUUCUUGUUUAGUCUCAUGGAAAAAUGAUUAUUUAAACAGCCUUCAAGGCAAGCGGAGCAAGAACCUCAGCAGGGACCUAGGGGCCCAACAAGGUCACACCAGAAGCAAGACACAUAUCAGAAUCCUGGGAAGAGCCAUCAUUAGGAAAGGCAGGAUCCUCAACCGUCAGUUAACAGUGAAAUUUCUACUGGAUGAGAUAGACCCAAAUGCUGAGAUUCAUCACUGGAUGGAUUGCAUUUGUCUUGUAGUGCGGUGUUACGACUUACCUGCUUCUUUUCCUCCCAAAGACAAUGCUUUAUGACCCAAAUUGAAUUUUCAAAAAUUAGAGUUACCAAGUCGUCAGGGUAUUGUAAAGGUGGAGUCCUUUUGCCAACUGGGUGCCUGUUUUCACCAAAACUUCAAUUGUUCGACUUGCCAAUACAUCACGAUAUUUUUUACUGAGAUUUUUUCACCGAUUUGUAUCUUUUUCACAAUUUUUUCAAAAACUGGUAUUUCUUCGAGUUGCAUUCUUUUAGAGUUAUAUUGAAAUGUAUAUAAAGCUAUUAGAAUGGUCAAUAUCUACAAGUUAUUUUAAUAGUGAAUCCAAUGUUUUUGUUAAAUAUUAGCCUAUAAAUAUAUUUCCUUUUCUUAAGAAUGAAAUGACUUGCAUAUUAUUCCAUCCCUUCAAAAUUUCCCUUGGACUCCAUGCCACAAGAAAGUUACAGUCUUGUGUACAUGUUGCCUGUUUUGGUAGUAUGUAAUCAUUAAUUAGUAAUUACUCUUG